CAAAGACCCUGCGCUCGAAGAGCGGCGGGCGGCAUCCCAGGGACGACGGCAAGCCAGUGAUGAACUUCGCUUCAUCCUACCACGUCGUGACGGGCGCCGGCCGUGGCAUCGGCCGUGCGAUCGCAGUCGGCCUCGCUCAGCGCGGAGCUGCCGGAGUCGCUCUCAUCGACGUGGUCCCGCCAUUGCGUGCGGCUGCUGCGGCCGAGGCGGCUGCUGAGUCGCAGUCCUUUCGAGCUCUGCCCAUUGCCGCUGACGUCUCGACCCGCGACGGCGUGCAUGCCGCCAUUGCCACUGCACGGGCCGCCUUUGGCCGCAUCGACGGCAUGGUUUGCAACGCAGGGGUGGCAUCGGGGCUCGAGGCGGGCACGGCCUUCUCCGCCGUCGGCGAGUCGGCCGAGUCGUGGGAACGAUCGAUGAGCAUCAACUGCCUGGCUCACGUGUGGGCUGCAGAGUCGGUUGUGCCCGAGUUUGAGUCGCGAGAGGAGGGCGGGUCGUUCGUCACGGUCGCCUCGGCGGCGGGACUGCUCACCCAGGUCGGCGCGCCCAGCUACUCCGUCUCGAAGGCUGCGGCGGUCGCCUUCGCCGCCUCGUUGGCGGUGCACCACGGAGACCGAGGCGUGCGGGUCCACUGCGUCUGCCCGCAGGCCGUCGCAACCUCGCUGGUCGGCCUGCCGUCGGAGGACCCUCGGGCGGCGCCGCCGCCAGGCGCGCUGGCAGGAGGCGCCGACGAGGGCGUGCUCUCUCCCGCGGCGGUGGCGGAGGCGACGCUGGACGCGAUGGCGAGCGGCGGCGAGCUGCUCGUCCUCCCUCACCCGGAGGUCGCGGGCUACGCGCAGAUGCGGGCGUCGGCACCCACCAAGUGGGUGCGCGGGAUGCGCAAGCUGCGAGACGCAAUCGCGGCCGGCAAGACGCCGCUGGUGCAGGCGUGAGGAAUAAAUAAAACGGUCGAAGUCUGAGACGAGAUGGGAUUCAUAGGGACAACAUGUACAACUAUUAGAAAUCACAGCAC